CAGCAGCCCUAUGUGCCCCCGGCACAGCCCCUGGGCCCCCCCAGCCCCAGCCCUGCCGGGGGGGCCCCCGACCAGCUCAGCAAAACCAACCUCUACAUCCGGGGGCUGCACCCCGGCACCACAGACCAGGACCUGGUCAAGCUCUGCCAGCCCUACGGGAAGAUCGUCUCCACCAAAGCCAUCCUGGACAAAACAACCAACAAGUGCAAAGGUUAUGGUUUCGUGGACUUUGACAGCCCCACAGCCGCCCAAAAAGCCGUGACAGCCCUGAAGGCCAGCGGGGUGCAGGCGCAGAUGGCCAAGCAACAGGAGCAGGACCCCACCAACCUGUACAUCUCGAACCUGCCGCUGGGCGUGGACGAGCAGGAGCUGGAGGCGCUGCUGAAGCCCUUCGGGCAGGUGGUCUCCACCCGCAUCCUGCGGGACCCCCACGGCGCCAGCCGGGGAGUGGGCUUCGCACGGAUGGAAUCCACGGAGAAGUGCGAGGCCGUCAUCACCCACUUCAACGGGAAAUUCAUCAAGACCCCCCCGGGGGUGCCAGCCCCCCCGGACCCCCUGCUCUGCAAGUUUGCUGAUGGGGGGCAGAAGAAGAGGCAGAGCCAGGGCAAGUUCGUGUCCAACGGCAGAGCCUGGGCCCGGGACGGCGACACGGGCACCGUGACCUUGGCCUACGACCCCUCCACGGCGCUGCAGAACGGGUUCUACCCCGC